AUGAAUAGCAUUUACAUUACAUACUAUAUUUUAUUAACAAAUGCCUACUCUUAUCAAUCAAGUUUGGGUAAUGGGCCUAGAUCAUUUUGGAAUUCUUUAACAGAUUUAACAGAUGGUAUACAGGAUAUCUUGCAAAUGUAUGGAACUAGACCAAACAUUAAUUCAAGUGUCCUUCCAGAAGUCGAAAAUUCGAUGACUAUAUCAACUGGAUUACCUGGAACGAGGUUUCAACCAAUAGUUGAUCAGAAUAUUGCAGACAUUUGCAUUCCUAUGAUGCAAUGUAAUAGAACUUCACGUUAUCGGACAAUCAAUGGAUCAUGCAAUAACCUUAUGUUUCCGAUGUGGGGUUUAACUGGUACUGCCCUUGUCAGAUUGAUUCCUGCUUUAUAUCAAGAUGGUUUACACCAACCGAGAAUGUCAGUUACUGGAAGACCAUUACCUAAUGUUAGAGAUUUAAGAAAUGGAUUAUUGUACAACAAAAAUACUCCAGAUCAUAUAAAUACUUUAAUAGUUAUGGAAUGGGGCCAGAUCAUAUCUCAUGAUACAACUCAUAUUUCUGUUUUACCAGUAAGUAGCUUAGGGGAUCUCCAAUGUUGUAUUAACAACACAUACCCUGCUAUGGUAACAGAACUUCCAGCACAGUGUAUGCCUAUUCAAGUACCUGUGGAUGAUCCUUAUUUUAGCAGGUUCAACCAAACAUGUCUAAACUUCAUUCGAUCUGUUACAACAACUGACUAUGGAUGUAGCCUUGUACCACAGCAGCAGUUAGCUAUGGUAACACAUUUUGUAGAUGCUUCUUUUAUCUAUGGGUCUACUGAUUACAUUGCAAAUCUAAUAAGAAAUGGAACAGGUGGUAAACUUGCUGUGCAGAGAACUCCAGAUGGAAGGGAAUUUCCUCCUAAUGUGCCAAAUGCUACUCAUUACUGUGAUGUGUCUAUGGACAGUGAGACUUGUUAUCUAGCAGGAGAUUCACGGGUAAAUCAAAACACAGAUGUUUCCAUAAUUCAUAUUGUAUUUUUACGGGAACAUAACAAACUAUGCACUGAACUUUUGGCUUUGAACCCUCAUUGGGAUGAUGAGAGAUUAUAUCAAGAAGCAAGAAGAAUUGUAGUCGCAGCUGUUCAGAGGAUAACUUACUCAGACUUCUUAAUCGUUAUGUUGGGUGUAGUAUUAAUUUUCAGAAAGGACAGAACUACUCCAGCAGAAACCGAAUUUCAGAUUAUGACUUUGAUGAAUUAUAUAAUGGCUAUGAAGCUUUGUUAA